AUGCUAGAACAACACAAAGAAGGCUGUGAUUUGUGUUCGUACAAUUCUGAUGAGAUUCUUGACAAUGAAAUCACAGAAGAAGAAAUUCAGGAAGUUAUCAAAGGUGGAAUCCCAAACGAAUUUUACAAGUAUUCCAACAAAGAAGUAGGAAACCUACAAGGAAACUUUUUAGCCAAAUAUUUAAUUCAGAACAGCUUCCAGAGUCUUGGUACAAAAGAAUGUUUCCAUACAAGAGGACAAAAUUUUGAGAUGAUCACCGUCAAAAUGAAAUACGUCUUUUUCAUUUUUGCGACUUUCCACUUCUUGAAAAAGUCUUCGGGGAUAUACGGAGGUUGUAUGAGCUAUUACACACAACCAUCUGACAAACCUGGUCAUGUCAAGGUCGAAAUAUAUUUCUUAAAUGGGUGGAAACUGCACAAAGGACCGUGUUACAGAUGUACAGAGAGCGAUGAGGGUCAUGACGUAACAGCUCGGAGAGAGAUGUACAUACAAUAUUACAGUAACCCUGUUGCAUUUGGUUCAUAUGGCUUUGAACCAGAAGUUGUAAAUGCGAACGUCGAACCGACAAAUAUCACAAUGGAAGUAAACAAUAACGUUAGGGAUGUGGUGUUGAUGGUCAACAGUCACGAGCAGUGGGAAAUGGAGAGCUCGAAGAUAACACUGGACGUAAAUAUAUCAACAACGUACUCUAACAAGUUUGACAUAACCUUUCAGAGUGAGCCCGAUGUUCCUAUGACAAAGGUUCCUAAUUUAAGCACGAUGUUUUUACAAGUUAAAGUGGAUUCAAAUAUUCGGAGAGAUACAAAUGCACCAAACAACAGUCCAAUAGUGUUGGUUAAACCUUACUACAGCUUGGAACUUGGGAAAGACUAUUUUCUUCAUAUUCCGAUUAUCGACAACGAUAGCGACCAAUUUCAAUGUGCAUUAUCUAUAUAUCUUGAAGCAGAGGGUUUCAGCAGUUUUUUACACAAGCUGAAGAAGGCAAAUGCAUUGAGCAUAAAUAAAGACACAUGCAUAUUGACCCUAAGGAUCAUAAGUUCAGUGUUCCGAAUAGGAGACAGUUUUGGCAUACCUAUCACAGUGAAAGACUAUACGUCCACGGACACCAUCGUUGGAACUUUAAAUCAUUUUGCUUAUAACACGCUUUUGGGGAGAGUGUCUGUUUUGAUGUAUUAUAGCGUGACAGGUGAUACUCAUCCUCCAGAAUUUGUAACACCAACCCCACCCAACAACCAAAAGUAUACAAUCUAUGUUGGAGGAGAUUUUCGUGUAAAUGUUUAUGCCAAACCAACUUUAAAUUCAAGAACUAUUACAAAAUUCAACUUCCUGAGAAGAGAUGGCAAACCUGUGAACCAGACAAGGAAUGUAGCUUCUUGGGAUCAGAAGAUGGCCUAUAUCUCCAUGAGCUGGUCUCCUGUCGAUGAAGAUAAAGGACAUCACAUUGUGUGUGCUAAUGCUGAGGACAGUGCAGGUGUAAGCACAGUUGAACUUCAUUGCUUUAGAAUUGAAGUAAAAGAAAACAUUUUUAGACCAAAUAACAAAAUACAGGGGAAACCUUAUUACGCAUCAUUCCCAGAACCUGCAGACGUAGUAUGUCCACUCCAUACUUAUUGUAGAUUCCCAGUGUAUGCCGCGACCACCAACUCUGGGCACAAUGUCAGCAAAAUUGUCAGUACGUCAGAGAGUGAAGAGAAUGUUACGAUAGAAUACAGUCAUGCUAUGAUUAACGGAUCGCUACCCACGACGGUAGCACAAGUGGAAUUCUUGGCACUUUUACCUGGUCAUCGUCAAAUUUGCCUGAAUGCAUCGGACAAUAUUGAAUGGACUACGCGUUGUCUUUACGUGACUGUCCAAAGACCAGAUCCCUGUGCAUCAUUACCAUGUCAACAUGGAGGACUGUGCUCACCAUCUAGUGAUAAUUCUGAGUUCCAGUGUCACUGUGUGAAACCCUUUACUGGUCAAUUUUGUGAAAACGAUAUCAUGUGGAUAGCAGUGACGGCCGUUGUAGGAUGUAUCGUCGCGUUUGGGGAGCGUUACCAGGACGCUUGUGUUGUGCAACGUCGACAAUUUGGUGGAGGUAGCGUGAUGGUGUGGGGUGGAAUAUCAGCACGUGGAAGGACCCCUUUACAAAUUGUCAACGGAAAUCUCACCGGCAAUGUCGAUGUCUUGACUUGGCCAGCGGAUUUGUCGCCGAUCGAGCACGUCUGGGGUGAAAUGGAAAAACGUAUACGCCGUUUACCGAACCAGCCAGUGACAUUGUCUGAUUUAGGCCAGUCUUUAACCAACAUCUGGAACAACAUCCUUCAACCAUUUUUGAACACUUUAGUGGCAUCAAUGAGGCGUCGCUAUCAAGCAUGCGUGAACGCAAAUGGGGGUCACACGCAAGAGCCCCAAGCCAUGGACCAGAUAUAUCCUGGUUGCUCGUUUUCCUCACAAACACCUCAACGGGAGUCCGUAAUUGGAUGCAAAAAAGGAAAGCCCUGUCAUUUUUAUAUGUAUGCAGAAGCAAAUGAAUCAUGCCCAAGUUUGAUUACACAUGAUGAAUAUACUGGCAUAUAUACUCCGGAACUGAACACGGGGCUAUGUCGAUACGAGGUAGUUUACACUAACACAUCAGCUUGUGGUAGCAAUACGGUGUGUUUUAUGCUAUGCACCAAAGGUGAAUCACGUUGUUACAAAGUCCAAACCAAUGACAUCACUGACAAAUGUUCAACAAAUCCUUGCGUUAAUAAUGCUUACUGUCAGACCACAAUUACGGGACAUCUAAAAUGCCACUGUCAACAAGGAAACUGGGGAAGGUAUUGUGAAAACAAACUUUACCGAACAAUAACUAAUGGAAUGAAAAAAGAAGGGCAUUUUACAAUGAUGAGCCAAAUCGAUGUUCUAACAUGCUAUAUCAACGAACCAUGUUCUAUUCCAUUUAGUGUUUACAAAUAUAUUACUAGCAAGUCUCAUAUAGAGUUAGGACGUUUGGAUGAAACGUUUGAAUUUAAAUCUCUUAUUUUGGAACCAUCAGCAAACCAAGAAGGAAUAGUUCAUGGAACCUUGACGGUGAUUGGUCAUGAACUAGGAAUGAAAUUGAUAUGUGUAGACUCUUUCGAAUCUCUGCAAAAAACCAAAAUAGAAGAUGAACUUUGUUACAAAAUUAAUGUUACAAAAGGACAGUACUUUGCGCCUCAAAAGUUGUUCCCACAUUUUGUACACCCUACUCCUCCUGACUCCACAAAUAUGCAAUGUGUUGUCAACGAACAGUGUUAUAUAAACAUAUGGGGAAAAAACAAAUUGGGGGUAGACCAUUGUCCGUUAUUACUGACUGACAAAAACAUCGAGGAUGGCGUGCAUGUUUUCCCUUUAAGAGACACCGUAAAUCAGCCUUGCCGUUUUGAUGUAUCGAUAUUACCAGAAAACACCACUGAUCUCCGCCUUUGUUUCACUCUCUCUAGUAAUGCAUCGGAAGUAAAAAAAUAUCAAAUGUACGAAGACAAGCGCUGCUUCCUUAUUAGUUUCCAACAGGAAUUGGAAGGUUUUACCACAGUCAAGGUCCUUGUGCUGGAAUGUCUUGUCAGCACAACGGAUUCUGUGAUGGAAGCUCCCCUGUUUCCCGAUGCUUGUGUCGAUCAGGAUUUUCGAGCGAAAAUUGUUCCAAAGCUUACACCUCUGUUUGGAGACUUUGUAUUGCCAAAAUUGAUUAGAUGCCCACUUCGACAAGAAUGUGUGAUACCAUAUUCUGUAACAAACACAGACAGCUCCUGUGGGUUUCAUCUUUUAUGGACCGGGGCAAACUUUAGCAGUGUACAUCUCACGAAUUCUGUGAUAUUAGAAUCAUCGGACUGCAGUGGAAAAGCUACAAUUAUACACAAUAUAUCUGGAAUAGACGAAUUUUGUCUAUCUCUAAAAUCGUCUGAUGGUCUGACCUCGUAUGACAACGUCUGCUGCAAUGUGUCGUCUGAACCUGAUACUGCAGAUGUAAAUCUGUACAUGUUUCAGUCACAAUUUAUCCCCCCUUCACCAACCAAUGGAUCAGAGUUCAGUUGUACGCCCGGACAACCAUGUCAUGUGAUGUUUUCUACGGGUAAACACUUAAAUCAAAAAUGUCCUGACGUAAGAGAUAUAACAACAUCACCAGUACAUAUUUUUGCCUCCUUAAAUACUGAGUGUCAUCAUGACAUUUUAAUCCUAUCAGAGAAAAAUGACACCGGAAGUAAAAAAUAUUGUUUCCAGACAAUGGCCUCUGGCAUUACUGGGGAGACAAGAUGCAUAACAGUGCACUUUAUGUUUCAUGUUUUACCCCUAACCACAACCACAACUGUAACAGAUAUCUCAUCUACUUCAACUUCGUCUGUGUCUCAAAGUUCGUUAAAUGUAUUGUCAACAACAGAUGUCCCAAUAACUGCAAACUCUGUAAACGCCCAGGAUUCAAACACAGAAGGUGGUUCAUCUACAAUUUCUUUAUCUACAACUAGCUUGCCCACGAACGCAAAUUCUAACAACGGCCAAAAUGUCAACACAGAAAGUAGUUCAACUACAAUUUCUUCAUCAUCAACUGAUAUGUCCACAGCCGCAAAGACAAUCAUUGCACAGAAUUCAAGCACAAACAGUGCUUUAACAACAACUUCUUUUUCCACUUCAAAUAUACACGUGGUAUCAAAUUCUAAUAACGCCCAGGAUUCAAACACAGAAGGUGGUUUAUCUACAAUUUCUUUAUCUACAACUAGCUUGCCCACGAAUGCAAAUUCUAACAAUGGCCAAAAUGUCAACACAGAAAGUAAUUCAAAGGCAUUUUCUUCAUCAUCAGAUGAUAUGGCCACGGUAGUAAAGACAAUCAUUACGCAGAAUCCCAUAGCAAAAAGUGGUUCAACUACAGUUCCUUUAUCAACUACAAAUAUGCCUGUGGUGUCAAAUUCUGAUAACGCCCAGGAUUCAAACACAGAAGUUGGUCCAACUAUCAUUUCUUUAUCUACAACUAGCUUGCCCACGAACGCAAAUUCUAACAACGGCCAAAAUGUCAACACAGAAAGUAAUUCAAAGGCAUUUUCUUCAUCAUCAGAUGAUAUGGCCACGGUAGAAAAGACAAUCAUUACGCAGAAUCCCAUAGCAAAAAGUGGUUCAACUACAGUUCCUUUAUCAACUACAAAUAUGCCUGUGGUAUCAAAUUCUGAUAACGCACAGGAUUCAAACACAGAAGUUGGUCCAACGAUCAUUUCUUUAUCUACAACUAGUUUGCCCACGAACGCAAAUCCUAACAACGGCCAAGAUGUCAACACAGAAAGUAGUUUAAGUACCAUUUCUUCAUCAACAAUUCCUUUAUCAACAACAAAUAUGCCCACGGUAUCAAUUCCUGACAACGCCCAGGAUUCAAACACAGAAGUUGGUUCAACUACAAUUCUUUCAUCAACAAGUAGUAUACCUAGUGUAUCACACUCAAAUAUCGCCCAUGAUUCCAACACAGAAAGUGUUUCAACUACCAUUCCUUUUGCACCAUCAGCCAUUUCUCCCACAGUAACUCAAACCUCUGAUCUGACGACAAAUCACUGCAAUAUUAAGAAAGUAAAACAAAAAGUGGCAAAGGGGCGAGUAGAAUGUUAUUGCAUUAAUCCAGACAACGGAAUCAUUACCAGUGUUAUAGCUCUAAACCAACGAGUCUCCACGGAGAAACUAUUGAUAGCGGCAGGGCUGGGGUCAGGAGCGAUGGUUACAACUCUUGGGGUGGCAGCUUUACUGUUUACUCUCACAAAGGGGUUUCGGAGUUCCAACAAGACAUGACGUACACAAAAUUCUCGCAAAUCCAGGAAAAUAAGUGUCCAAAGCUUGAAGGAUGAAGAGAACUGAGCUUAAAAAAUUACAGUUUCAUACAAACAGAAAAAAUAUUUAACCAGAACUGAACGUUACAGAAUAAUAAUCUUGAUCUUAAUUUCAUAUUUUAAAAUUACGAAUAAAUAA